ACCUCGUUUCGUUGUAUUAUGUCCGCCGCGUGAAAAAAAGGUGUAUUUGCAGGAGAUAGCAUAAUUAUAAUGUCAAAGGUCACAGGUGUCGACAAGUGACAAGACAACUUGAAUUGGUCAUCGGGUAAUCGUAGAAAGGUGUUUCUUCACGAUGUCUCAAGACGAUAAACUAACCAAGGAGGAGAAGCUCCGUCUCAUAGACCAAGAGAUCACCAACUUGCACGACUUCUGCGUGAAGUCGGGGUUUACCGAGGACCAGAUCCGGAGUCUGUCGGCGCCGGUGGCGAGGAUCGCCGAGCGCGGCAGGCGGAAGACCUGGCUCAGGAGACUCCUGAAGAUUUCCCUGUUUGUGGGCGCGGUUGUCUUAUGUUACAGCUGGGACCCUGCACGCCGAAAGGUGGCAAUUUUCGGCAAACUGGCGCUCGUGAAGGUGUUGCCGUACUGGGACUGGACCUACCUGCAUAAAGAAGGUUGUCUGAUAAACAACCCGUUCUACACCCAGCCUCCACGCCUGAUAGCUGAGGACUGUGAGGUGUGUUUAGAGAUUAAAGGGAUGGAGAGACUGGAGAAGGUUGACCACGCGGACAUAUCAGACCUCCUGUUGGACAACGUGCCGUUUGUGGUGACCGACGCCACUCAGGAAUGGACGGAACUCAACGGGAUGACUUUCGACGAGUUUUUGGAGCUGUACUCCACCCAGCCGGAGUUCCUGACGUCAGGAGUCUGUGACUUCCACUCCAGUCUGAGGAAGUCUCUGUCCUCCCCUCACCCCUCCGUCCUGCCAUCUGAAGCACAGGACAAGGCCGACUGGUUCGCUUUGUGGCAGAACUGCGAGCGUGACGCCGUGCGGCUGAUGAGGAAGUUCUACCGCACACGGCCGUACUUCUUACCUCCCAUGGUCGAGUCGCACGAGUCCAACUGGGUCUUCGUGUCGAAGGGACAACGCAUCAAACGCUUUGUGCCGCUUCCGCUUGAGAAGUACUCAGUGGUGUGGUUGGCGCAAGUCAAGGGCAGCGUCUCGUACCGUCUGGAACCGGAUCCCAUCUGCCAAACCACCUGCAAACCCAUCGACGUCACGCUCAAACCCGGAGAAACAUUGGUCGUACCCCAGAACCUGUGGAAAUUCCAGCUCAAGAACAGCAAGGACUCCGAACCCUCCGUGGUUGUCGCGGCAACGGGCACCUGGGAUUAAAUUGUCCGUUCUCCAUAAAACUCCGAUCACUUGAAAUCUGGAAGGACAUGUCUCAAACCCCAAGGGCACGAAGUGUUCUAACACCCCUAACAUCAUAUAUGUUCUGACACCCCUAUGUUUUGACAUCCCUAUGUUCCAUUUACUAUGCUAUUUUCAACCUCUGUAUGAAGACCAUCUGGUCACUGUGGCCACUUAUUUUACCAUUGACCUAAGCAAUACGAAACCUGCCUAUUAUGACCACCUGUCUAUAGCAAACACCUGCCUACAGUGAUCACCUGACUCUACUGAGACCAUAUAUUCUCUUCCAGCCCUUCAGUGUUCACUUAAAGUGUUAGGUUUUAGUCAGUGUAUUUGACAUAAAACUUGGAGAGUUCCAAAUGUGUCCAGUCCUUCCGGAUGUCCAGUGAUCGGUGUUUUGUCCCUGUCUCUCUGCUGCUGCUAAAGCUUAAUACAGGAGCUGGUAUCUUUGACCUUCAUCCAUCAUGUAACCUUGAACUGUGACUUUUUGAUGGACAUUUUGUACUUAAUAUAAAGAGUUUGUUAUAUUGAGUAUAUCGAUCAUGUGCACCCUUAUCCCUUGGUUAUCUCUAUUGACCCACUGCAAGUAGCUGAGUAUAAGACAGCGUUUGUGUACCAAAAUCGAACAACUGUUGCGGUAAUCAGAGCGUGUAUUUAUAUGGCCUGCUGUCUUAGGUCACAUUUCCAACCCGGGGUCGGCCGGGCUAUUAGACAGAAAUUAUAGUCUGGUUUAAAACCUAUUUUAGCUGCCCAGUUUCUUCAUCCUCUCUUAGAACAGACUCGGCGGCUAAAAUAUGUUUGAAUACCAGGCUCAGGAAUAUCAGGAAUACAAAUAAGGAAGAGGUCAGUAGGCAACAGAAAGUUGGGAAACAAAUUUGUCUCACUUCCUAAAACUGUGUGUACCAAGGUACAUUACUAUGACCUUUCCCUCGGACUUAUAUUAUCCCUUGUAAGUGCUGAGAACAACAAACGUAUGAAACUAUGUGGCCUUGAUAAGCAUUUAAACCUCUUUAUGUGUUCCUUAUAUAUGGACUUAUGGAUAUUGAACAUCAAGCGCAUAGAUACCGAAUUCGCCUUAUCCAUAACGUAUGUUGAUGCGUAAGCAGUGCGGAACCUAAUUUCUUUUUCUGCGAAUGGGUACGUGUGCAUUGUACAUCGAGCGCGAAUGUCAGACGCACUAAACUUAUACCAAUCGCGCACCUGGCGAUUGCCCAAAAUUUAGCUGUCUUGAUCUGCUUUUUGUUGCUUCAGUGCAAAUUACUGUAUAUGGUUUCCACCAUCGGCCUCCCGAAACAUGGAUACCAAAUCUUCAAUGUACACUGGAUGUUCGAAGUGUAUGUUAUCUAAGUAGGCACAUUUACACUGCGUUGUCAGACCACAGGAUCAACUGUACCGAUUUGUUCAGUAUGUCUGCUUUUACUAUUUAUUGUAUCGCCGUUUCGUUGCUACUAUGUUAUGUAUUCGGCCUCAUACGCACUUCCAGACCACGUGUCAAGAAAUCAGCGUUCAACAGCGUAUAAAGCGCUUACGUCCAACAAACACAUGGAUAUGACACUUCUACCAGAAGAGUUCUCUCUUUAACCUCCUUGCUGUAGCGUACUCGACCAAUUUAAAACCGAUGAUCUGAUAUUUAUAACGUAUGGGCUGUGUAACAAUGUACGGUCGAUUGCAUUAAAAUAAAACUACCCUCCGCAGUUGA